AUGUCUGCAACACCAUCGCCACCAGAUUCACCUCAUUCUUCUACCAGCACCAAAAGAAAGAGCGUACGACCUCCUUCUAUCGUCGUGGAAACGCUAGGUGCGACUACCUCAGAAACAAAAGAAGGCUUACGCAAAAUAAAUAAUUAUCUACUCAAGAAGGAAAUCGGUAGAGGCGCUUUUGGAACUGUUCAUCUCGGUAUAGAUGAGAACACAAACACGGAAUAUGCCAUUAAAGAGUUCAGUAAAUCGAGAAUGAGAAAGAAGGAACAAAUGGAUCUGUUCCGUAGAGGUGGACCAAGAGGACGCGGCCGUGUUAUGGGAUUGGGUGUUGGACGCGGUGCAGUGGCAGCAGCAGCUAAAAGUACAAACCCGCUUGAUCUGGUACGAGGUGAAAUGGCUGUUUUAAAGAAAUUGAACCAUCCGCAUAUCGUUCGAUUAUUUGAAGUUUUAGAUGAUCCUUCAGGUGACUCUCUUUAUAUGGUAUUUGAAAUGAUGCAUAAAGGUGUGCUGAUGGAGAUCGAAGUGGAUGAAGUUGCUAAACCUUAUUCCGAUGAUAUGGCUAGAAGAUAUUUUAAAGAAAUGAUGCUUGGCAUUGAAUAUUUACAUGCAAACGAUAUUGUGCAUCGUGAUAUUAAACCGGAUAACUUACUAUUAUCAAAGGACGACGUGUUAAAGAUUGUUGAUUUUGGAGUGUCCGAGAUUUUUGUGAAAGGAAACGAUAGAUUGAAGAAAUCCGCUGGCAGUCCUGCAUUCAUGGCUCCUGAAUUAUGUGUUGCAAAACAUGGUGAGGUGUCUGGUAAAGCCACAGAUCUUUGGUCAAUGGGUGUUACACUGUAUUGUAUGAUCUUUGGUAAAACUCCGUUCGUAAGCGGUAAUCUGUUGGAAUUAUAUGACAUGAUCAAAGAAGCACCGAUCGAAUAUGGAAGUAUAUCUGGGAAUCUGUUAGAUUUAUUUCAUAGGAUCCUGGAUAGAAAUCCAGACACGCGUAUUACAAUGAGGGAACUUCGUAACCACGCUUGGAUCACAAAUGACGGCACCGAAACAAUGAUUUCUGAAGAGGAUAAUUGUGAUGUUGUGUCUGAAGUUACCGAAGAGGAAAUGAACAAUGCUAUUAAAAGCAUUGCAAGUAUUUUCGCUGUGAUCAAAGCCGUAUCUAAAUUUAAGCGCCAUUCCCGCUCCUUAUCUCAACAAUCACUAAACAAGAUGAUGGCCGAUGUUAAAAGAGAAGAUGCUAUCAAGGACGAAGAAUUAAACGCUGCCACCAGAAAUCUCAAUGUUUAA